AUGAGUAGAACUCAUUCAGCACGAGGAGAAAGAGGGGAAAGAAGAUCAGAUCGAUCAGUGGCCGUUGCGGUCGACAAGGACAAAUACAGUCUGCAAGCUCUCCACUGGGCUAUUGAUAAUGUCCUCAUCAGAGGCCAAACCUUGAGGCUCGUUCAUGUUCUUCAGAAACCAAUCUGCCCCGUUAGUCCAGAUGACGGUGGCGUUGGUGGUGAUCGACAAGUUGAUAAUCAGAACAUGGACUUCUUACUUCGACUUCGAAGCUUAUGCGCCCGUAAACAUAUACAGUGUGAAACAGUUGUACUAGAGGAUUCAGAUGUUGCAAAAGCACUUAUCGGAUAUAUUCACCAAUAUGAAAUUGAAACUUUGUUUGUUGGUGCAGCAUCAAAGACUGGAAUUUCCAGGUUAUUCAAGGGAACAAAUGUUCCAUCUAUCAUACUAAAAUUGGCACCAAAUUUUUGCAAUGUUUAUGUAAUUUCAAGAAGAAAGGUUGCUGCUGCACGAACUGCUACUCGUUCAGUCCCCAGAAGAACUCAAAGUUGGAAUGAUUUGGCAACCUCAGACACGUAAGCUA